AUGACUGCUACUGCUACUGCUCCUGCUACUCCGGAUAAUAGCAGUGAAGGGUCGUCUCCUCCCUCCACGCUGCCUGUUGAGGAGACCCAAGUAGAGAAAGCGCAGGAGACGCAGACUCCCCCUCCACCUCCAAAUGGAGGGUGGAUAGCAUGGCUCCAGGUUGCCGGAGCCUUUUUCCUCUUCUUCAACUCAUGGGGCGUGGUCAACACCUUUGGCGUGUACCAGACCUACUAUGAAACGGAUCUCUUGCAUGGUCACUCGCCCUCGUCCAUCUCCUGGAUCGGCACCGUCCAGGGCUUCCUCCUGUUCCUGGUUGGAGUCGUUGCCGGUCCAGUCUUCGACAAGGGGUACCUCAAGAGCAUGAUAGCCGUGGGCUCAUUUCUGGUCGUUUUCGGUCUGAUGAUGACUUCCCUGUCAAGCCAGUACUACCAAGUCUUUCUGGCUCAUGGAGUCGCUGUCGGAAUCGGCUGUGCGUUCCUGUUCCUGCCUAGCAUCGCCAUCGUGGCUACUUACUUUACCACGCGGCGGGCCGUGGCGACGGGCAUCACCGCGUCGGGGGGAAGCAUUGGCUCCGUGAUAUACCCCAUCAUCUUCCGCAACCUCAUCGACUCCGUCGGCUUCGGCUGGACCACCCGUAUCAUCGGCUUCAUCGCUCUAGGCGGACUGUGCAUCUCCCUUGCCGUGAUGCGCAUGCGACUGCCCCCUCCCAAGCAAGCCCGAUCCCUCCUCGACCUUUCUGCCUUCAAAGAAGCCCCCUUCCUGAUCUUCAGCUUCGGUCUGUUCUGCGCCUUCGUCGGCCUCUACUUCCCAUUCUUCUACCUUCCCUCCUACAUGUCCUCUAUCCUCCACUCAACCGACGACCUAGCCUUCUACAUAAUCGCCAUUCUCAACGCCACGUCCGUCUUUGGUCGUAUUACCCCAGGCCUGGUGGCAGACCGGUUCGGCUCCCUCAACACCAUCAUCCCCAUGGGUCUGAGCGCGGCGAUUCUCGCGUACGCCUGGAUGGGAAUCAAGAACAUUGCGGGGACGAUCGUGUUUGCAUGUCUGUAUGGGUUUGCCUCUGGGGCGAUUGUCUCGUUACCGCCGACUGUUGUGGCCCGGUUGAGCCCGAAUAUGAGUAUUGUUGGGACACGGAUGGGCAUGUGCUUUACGUUUGCCGGGUUGGGGCUGUUGAUUGGCAAUCCGAUUGCUGGGGCGCUGUUGGAUUUGGAGCGGGGGGUGUUUUGGAAGGCGGAGCUGUUCAGCGCGGUCAUGGUCACGGCGGGAGCAGCGGCUUUUAUCUGGUUGAGGAUGUUGAAGUGGAGGGAUGGAGAGAGGGGGAAGUAUUAG